AUGAGAAAUAAUAAGGCGGCGACUAAGCGAGUGACGUCACUUCCUCAUAUUAUUCACGUACUUGAUAUCUAUUACAAAACUGCUUAUGACUAUCAUGAAAAAUUGCGACAUUGCAUCUAUUUUGAGCCGAUUGAAGUUGUAUUAUUUGUGUGGUCUUUAUUAGGCCGGUUACCUAUCAGGCGAGAUUCAACAGGAGAUUACAUCGUACCAAUCGUCCUCCGGGUCUAUUCUUUCCUAGUUGGCUCUAUAGUAGUUGUUAUUGGCAGUAUCUCUCUUCGAAAUCUAGUUAAAAGUUUGCUGAAUGGCGAAUCUGUAUAUGAAGAGCCCACGUCAGUGAUAGGCGAUUACAACUACACACUGUUCUGGAUAUGUCAGAUACUGACACUGGAGUCCCGAGUGUCAAGAGGCGCACAAACAUUGGGUGACUACAGAAGGUUGUGGCUGCAGUUGACGGACAUCACAACAAUUUUCAGCGACUUGAUGAGCUACAAAAUGACUCACUCAAUAUUCGUGAACGUUAUUUUCGUGAUAGUAACAAGCUAUCACCUGGCUCUGUCAGCUCUAUCGCGAGGUGUGAGGGGCAGUGCAGGCGACAUCUAUCUCUAUUUUUUCUGCAGUCUGUACACAGCGGCGCACGUGAUGCUUGCGUGCGAGAGUGGACACAGACUGGCUCAAAGUCUAGGCAAGAAGUUUGUGGACAGAGCAACUCGUCGCAGGUUGCAGCAUCUCUCGUUUGCCGAGCGGAAAGAGUUCUGUGUGUUCAUGGGCAUAGUGAGACGUCGGUCGCCGAGUGUUAUACUCAACGGUUUCCUGACGAUCGACCGCAGGCUGAUCGUUCUUGUUGUCUCCGGGUGUCUCACUUAUCUCAUCAUUCUCGUACAGUUCAAAGUGGGGAUGUCGGAGACCCAUAGGGUACAAAACAGCAAUAUCAGUCUCUCGAGGUAGAAUUUGUAUUUUUGAAAAUAAUUUGAGCAUUGUGUAUCAGAAUUCUUAUUUGGUAUUCUGGAAUGUAAUUAGUUGUAUACUAAGUCUAUCAUACUACUGUACAUCAUAAAUUGCUACCAUUGCUGAUCCAAGUUGAUGGUUUAAAAGUAAGACAAUUUCAAUGUAAGACAAUGUUUUUUAUUCUCUAUUAUUGUUAUACUUUCAAGUGUAUUAUUGGUUGUGGCGUUAUUGAGGAUAAUGAGCUUCAUUUGCUACAAUAAAAACUUCAUUCAACUUAUACACUAUUGCUUUUCAUAGUCCAAUCGUCCACAUAAUGAUCCAAUAAUAUUAUUGAAAAAAUAUUAUAACAAUCAAAUAGUUUAGAAAAUAGAUUUUAGUAUCCGAUAUUUACAAAAUAUAUUUGAACAUUAUUAUUAUUAUUAUAUCAAGCACACGUUACUAUACGAGCAAAAAACAAAACAAAUACAACAAUAGUUGGAACGUGAAUGGGGAUCACAAAUUACUGUAAUAAUUAUUAAUAAUAUAUGAAUAAAUGCAGUACUAAUCAACUAUCUGGGGAUUUAAAAACUAUAGGCAAUAUUUUGCCAAGUUAUAAGCAAUAACUUGGACGAGUUAUUUAAUUUUAAAUUACACAUUGGUUCAAGUUAUAGGUAAUUAGAGAAUCUAAUUUAACAAUGGAUUUAAUACUAAUAAAUAGACCAAUCGAAGAAUAACCAACCAAUAACAUCAACUGAAUAUACACAGAUAAAGUAGCAUAAUUAGAACGUAGGAGUAUAAAGAACUUAAAAGAAAUAUUAAUAUAUUAGCCUACAAUA